CCAACGUACCUGUUGGUCUGAGACGAAGUUGGGUUAAAUAGCCAGGUUCUCGUUUAGUCAUGGUUCUUUCUCGGGUCCAGGUUUGGACCGGGAUCUUCGUAGCCUGCUUUCAUUGGCUUUGUGUCUGUGAUGAAAGUCCACGGCCGGUUUAUAUGGUCUCCAUUCCUGCAGUGAUCCCGGCAGGUUCACAGACCACGUGUUGUGCCAGCCUCCUAACUCCCAAUGGAGUCCUGGUUAUUACAAUUUCCAUGAUUGCCAAUGGACAGAAAAACAUUGUUGCCCGUGAGAGUUCGGACCAGGAGUUUCACCGGUGCUUCCGGUUUCAGGCCCCUCAAGCGGAGCAUGAUGAAGUGCUAACCUUUCAGGUGGAGGUUCGAGGUCAGACGUUUCUAUCAAGCGAGGAGAGGAAGGUCAUGAUCAGACCCUACAGCCCGAUGACCUUCAUCCAAACUGACAAGCCCACCUACAUCCCAGGACAAACUGUGCAUUUCAGAGUGGUCACGCUGGACACCAAUUUUGUCCCAGUCAAUCAGCGGUACGACAUUGUGGAACUGGAGGAUGUCCAUCAGAACAGGAUUGGUCAGUGGGUGAACACUACAACCAAUUUCAAGAUUCUGCAGCUUUCUCACCCGCUGAACUCAGAAGCAGCCAUGGGGUCCUAUACUAUUACCGUGUGGAUUGGGGAACAGAAAAUGCAUCAUGUCUUCCAAGUGGCCAAAUAUGUUUUGCCAAGAUUUGAGGUGAAAUUGAACCUCUCCGACCAGGUCAACAUUGUUCAAGAAGAGUAUAAAGUGGAAGUGUGUGCUACAUACACGUAUGGCCAGCCUGUAGCUGGUAAAGCGGAGCUGGAGCUGUGCCGAACCCUGGGAACUUAUUAUGGAAAUGCGCCAGAAGGACCAGAUUAUUCAGCUCCCUGCCACAAAGAGUCCAUAGAGAUGAACCAAACUGGCUGUGUUUCUCAUGUGUUCAACAUGAAGAUUUUUAAAAAUGCUGAGGAGAAAAUGCUCUCCGACUCCUUCAAGUUCAGGGCCAAAGUAGAAGAGGAGGGGACUGGUGUUUCACAGUCCAAGGAAAAGGAUGUCGCCCUCUCCUAUGUGAUUGGAACGCUCUCCUUUGUCGACACUCCUCUGAGCUAUGCGCAUGGAUCAGUUAUCCAGGGCAAGAUAAAAGCUGUUCACUUCAACAACACGCCCAUUGCUGGCAUGUUAGUCUACCUGUUUGAGGACAACGUCUGGCCCUUCCGGCAUCUACAGAAUCUGACUACCAACUCUCAGGGGUUUGCCAGUUUCUCCCUCAACACAACCAGCAUGCCCAAAGACACUAUUAACCUGAGACUGAGUGACACUCCUCAGUGGGAGUAUCCUGAGUACAGGGUCCCCCAUUUCAUCAGAGGUGAACAUACAAUCUCACUGAUCCAGUCUACUGACAGUGGGGGGAAAACAUCCAGCUCCCUCCUUGUCCAGAACAAGGAGAAACUACUGGAAUGUGGAAAGGUGUCCAUUGCUGUCCAGUAUGCCAUACGAGAGACUGUCCCAAAGGGCUCAGUGGAUGUUGUGUACCUGGUCUUAGCCAGAGGGGUCAUAGUUCAACACGGACACUUGAAGGUCAUUAUGCAGCAGGAGAGCCGUGUAACUGAGGGUGAGGUAAUCGUCAAGGUGACAGUGGUUCCAGAGAUGGCCCCGGCAGUACAGGUCCUGGUCUACACUGUGCUGCCCAGUGAGACCGUCAUUGCCCACAGCAUGAACUUCCCCACUGAGAAAUGCUUCAGGCACAAGGUGUCGGUGGCAUUCUCGCCCUCUAAAGCUGUUCCAGGGGAGAAGAACACCCUGAAGGUCUCUGCCCUGCCUGGUUCCCUCUGUGGCCUCAGCGCUGUGGACCAGAGUGUUGGCAUCAUGGAGCCAGGGAAGAGGCUGGAUGCCGACAAGAUAUUUGAUUUGUUACCAGUCAAGGAGAGCAUGUAUAUUCCCAGUCAGAUGGAAGAUCCACAGGCAUGUUUGCCUGUUAGCCAGAGGAGACUUUUAGUUUCUUCUGAAGAAGAGAAUGAUCCAUAUCAAGUUUUUCAGAAACUAGGACUGAAGCUGGCUACUAAUCUGGAUAUAAGAAUUCCUUCCUGCCUUCGUUACCGUGGAAAGGAGUACCAUAACUACUAUGGUGGUUUUCUACCUCGACCCAUGAUGCGUUUUGAAUCAAUGAGUCUGGCAGAGCCUGCAGAUGGACAUGUUGUACUACUGGCUUCACCUGGUGCUCCAGCUCCUCUGCCAGUGCAGACUGUCCGUACAUUCUUCCCUGAGACGUGGAUAUGGGAUCUUGUGGAAGUUGGGCAGUCCGGCUCUGCAGACGUGUCCCUGACAGUACCGGACACAAUCACCUCCUGGGACAUGGACACCUUCUGCCUGGCCCCAGGUGGCUUUGGCCUGGCUCCACCGGUGACCCUCACCGUCUUCCAGCCCUUCUUCCUGGAGCUCACCCUGCCCUACUCCAUCAUCAGGGGGGAGCGCUUUGAGCUGAAGGCCACGGUUUUCAGCUACCUUUCCAAGUGCAUCAUGGUUUCUGUGACUCCAACUCCCUCUAAGGACUACACCCUGACACCCCUGGAACAUGUCCAGUACUCCUCAUGCUUGUGCGCCAAUGGGCGGAAGACCUUCAGUUGGACGAUGGCACCUGCUGUCCUUGGGGUUCUGCGGGUGUCUGUUACGGCUGCGGCUGUCCCAUCAAACACUGCGUGUAACAACGAGGUUGUGAGUGUGCCGGAGAGAGGACGCCUGGACACGGUCACAAGGAGUCUGCUGGUGAAGGCUGAGGGAAUGGAGAAGACUGACACCUACAACUGGCUGCUGUGCCCAGCUGGUGGAGCUCUGAGGGAGCAGGUUAAGCUAGAACUCCCCAAGAAUGUGGUGGCUGGAUCUGCUCGAGCUUCCCUUUCAGUUCUGGGGGACAUCCUGGGUCGGGCCCUCAAGAACCCGGAUGGACUGUUGGAGAUGCCACACGGGUGUGGAGAGCAGAACAUGGCCAUCCUGGCCCCCAACAUCUACAUCCUGGAGUACCUGAAGAACACUGAGCAGCUCACGCCAGUCAUCCUUGACAAGGCCACAAAGUUCCUUGCCAGCGGUUACCAAAAUGAGCUGAACUACAAGCAUGCUGAUGGUGCAUACAGCACAUUUGGACAAGGCUCUGGGAACACUUGGCUGACUGCGUUUGUCCUGAGAUCCUUUGGUGGCGCAAGGUCAUUUGUCUAUAUUGACCCGGCGAGAAUUGAGGAAUCUAGGAAGUGGCUGGGACUUCAACAAGGCCAAUAUGGUUGUUUUAAAAUACUGGGAAAACUGUUCAACAACAGAAUGAAGGGUGGUGUGACUGAUGAAGUCACCUUGACGGCUUAUGUCACUGCAGCACUGUUGGAGAUCAACAUUCCCGUCUCGGACCCUGUAGUGGUGUUCAGCUUGUCUUGCCUGAGGAACUCAACCAGGGAUUUGUCUGACACCUACACUACUGCUCUGCUGGCCUACACCUUCAGCCUGGCUGGGGACCAGAAGAACCGGGAUCCGCUUCUGCAGCACCUGGAGAGGACGGCCCUCCAAGAGGGGGGUCUUCUACAUUGGUCCCAGUCUUUCUUGGAGACCUCCAUCUCCCUGUCAGUGGAGGUGAGCUCCUACGUUCUGCUGGCGGUCCUCCGGUCGUCCACGCUGUCCACUGCUGACCUGGGCUACGCCUCCCGUAUCGUCAGGUGGCUGGUGAAGCAGCAGAAUGCCAACGGAGGGUUCUCCUCCACACAGGAUACGGUGGUGGGACUCCAGGCCCUGGCUCUGUACUCCACAAAGGUGUUCAGAAAAAACGGCGCCGCCACGGUGACCGUGACUUCUCCCAGUGGGGGCCAGCACCUCUUUGACGUCAACCCGAGCAACAAGCUUCUCUACCAGGAGAAAGUGCUGCAGGACACCGGAGGCAAAUACAGUCUCAAAGUAGAGGGCCGAGCUUGUGCCUCAGUGCAGGUGGCGCUGCACUACAACAUCCCCACUCCUUCUAAAAGCACAAUGCUCAGUAUCCUGGUGAGGUCAGAGGUCAACUGCGACAGCCUGUCUUCGAGACGCAGAGUCACUCUGAAUCUUCAGUCCGGAUACCAUGGAGAGGAGCCGGCCACCAACAUGAUCAUAGUGGAUGUGAAAAUGCUGUCUGGCUUUGUCCCUGACCCAGAGUCUUUGACAAGGUUGAGGACUUCCCUCCUAGUGGAUCGUGUUGAUACUAAAGAUGAUCAUGUUUUGAUGUACUUGACAGAGUUGCAUCCGGGACAUUCAUUAAACCAUACUGUGGCCAUCAUCCAGGAGCAUCCAGUACAGAAUCUAAAACCAGCUGUGGUUAAGAUCUAUGACUACUACCAGCCGAGCGACCAUGCUGAGACGGAAUAUGCCUUCCCUUGUCAGUAGGGUGACGAGCAGAUGUAUGUUUUCAUUUGAAUCCCCAAUGUUAAAUUCGGGGAGUAAUUUUUCCCUUGAAUCCCUUGGUCUGAAGCUUUUGGUAACUGGAAAUAAAGUUUGAAUUGACACCGUUCA